AUGCCGAUAUCGAUCCGAUAUGGCCAUGAUCACUUGACUGUACCGGUUACCGUACCUGCUACACCGUACCUGUUACCGUACCAGCUACUAUGUAUCUACUACCGUAGUUGCAACCUUGUACCUACUACCGUACCUGUUACCCUGUGUCUUUACCGUACCAGUUACUCUGUGCCUGUUACCUACCUGUCCCCACCUGUAUCAUCCAGCGUACCUGCUUCUGUACCUGCCCCCACCUGUAACUGCUACCGUACCUGCUACCGUACCUGUCCCCCAUACCUGUACCUGCUACCGUACCUGCUUUCGUACCCGCCCCACACAUUUACCUGCCAAUGUAGCUGCUUCCGUACCUGUCCCACACCUGUAUCUGCUUCCGUACCUGCCCCACACAUGUACCUGCUUCCUUUCCUGCGUUCGUACCUGCCCCCACAUGUAUCUGCCACCGUACCUGCUACCGUAUCUGCUCCCCCUGUAUCUGCGAUCGUACCUGCUUCCGAACCCGCCCCCCCCCCCCCACACACACUCCUGUAUCUGCAACCGUACCUGUUCCCGUAUCUGCCCCCACCUGUAUCUGCCAUCGUUCCUGCCUCCGUACCUGCCCGAUCCCCUGUACCUGCUACCGUACCUGCUUCCCCCUGUAUCUACCAUCUUACCUGCUACCGUACCUGCUCCCCCCUCUGUAUCUGCUACCAUACCUGCCUCCGUACCUGCCCACCACCUUUACCUGCUCCCCCCAUGUAUCUGUUAACGUACCUGCUUCCGUACCUGCCCCCCUCCUCUGUACCUGCUACCGUGUCUGCCUCCGUACCUGCCCCCACGUACCUGCGACCGUACCUGCAACCCCCCCCCCCCUCUCCUGUACCUGCUACCGUACCUGCGUCCGUACCUGCCCCCCUCCCCUCCUGUACCCGAGAACGUACCUACCCCCCCCCCUCCCCUGUACCUGCUACCGUACCUGCCUCCGUACCUGUCCCCACCUGUACCUGCUUCCGUACCUGCUCCCCUUUACAUGCUCCCCUUUAUUUGUUCCCCUGUACCUGGUACCCUACCUGUUUCCGUUCCUGCUCCCCUGUACCUGUUCCCGUACCUGCUCCCCUGUACCUGUUUCCGUACCUGCUCCCCUGUACCUGCUUCCGCACCUGCUACCAUAUACUCUGUACCGGCUUCCGUACCAGCAAUUCUGUUUCUGCUUCCGUACCAGCAACUCUACGCCUGCUACAAUUCUGCUAUUCUGCACACGUUACCGUACCUGCAAUUCUGUUUCUGCUCCCGUACCAACAACUCUACACCUGCUACAAUUCUACUAUUCUGCACACGUUACCGUACCUGCAAUUCUGUUUCUGCUCCCGUACCAGCAACUCUACGCCUGCUACAAUUCUGCUAUUCUGCACACGUUACCGUACCUGCAAUUCUGUUUCUGCUCCCGUACCAACAACUCUACACCUGCUACAAUUCUGCUAUUCUGCACACGUUACCGUACCUGCAAUUCUGUUUCUGCUCCCGUACCAGCAACUCUACGCCUGCUACAAUUCUGCUAUUCUGCACACGUUACCGUACCUGCAAUUCUGUUUCUGCUCCCGUACCAACAACUCUACACCUGCUACAAUUCUACUAUUCUGCACUACCGUACCUGCAAUUCUGUACCUGCCACCGUACCUGCUUCUCUGUACCGUAUGA